UCUGAUACGUGACGCAACAAGUCUUCCUAUCCACUCGUGCAGUGUCACGUUUAGAAACCUUUUAUAAAUAAAAAAAUCAUUCCUUGACAUGUCUCUCGGAAAAGCUGCUCGAAGUUUGAUUAGACCGGUCCGAGGGGUCCUGGGGUCCCCAGAGUCGGCUCUGAAGCGGAGCUAUGCGGCGGUGGCUGAAGCCAAAGCGGUGCUGGAGCACGAGCUCGAUUCUAUUCGAGCUGCGGGGACGUGGAAAGCUGAGAGGAUCAUCACCUCCAAACAGGGUCCUCAAAUCAACGUGGACGGCAGUCGUGGCAGUAUAUUGAAUUUCUGUGCCAAUAAUUACCUUGGCCUCUCCAGUCAUCCAGAGGUGGUGCAGGCAGGAAUCGAUGCUCUGAAGUCACACGGUGCUGGAAUGAGCUCUGUCAGAUUCAUCUGUGGGACACAGGAUCUGCACAAAGAUCUGGAGCAGAAGCUUGCAGAGUUUCAUGCGAGAGAAGACUGCAUCCUCUAUGCCAGCUGUUUUGAUGCCAAUGCUGGAUUGUUUGAGGUUUUGCUGGGCCCAGACGAUGCAGUUUUGUCUGAUGAGCUCAACCACGCUUCUAUCAUUGAUGGGAUCCGACUGUGUCGAGCGAAGAGGCUGCGCUACAAACACAUGGACCUCAGCGAUCUGGAGAACAAGCUGAAAGAGGCUCAGUCAUCUCGUAUGCGUCUGAUAGUGACAGAUGGAGUCUUCUCCAUGGAUGGAGAUGUGGCCCCUCUAACAGGAAUUUGUGACCUGGCUGAACAGUACGGAGCCAUGGUGUUCAUAGACGAAUGCCACGCCACAGGAUUCCUGGGCCCUCGAGGCAGAGGAACAGAUGAGCUCCUCGGGGUGAUGGACAAAGUUCAUAUCGUGAACUCUACUCUGGGAAAAGCACUGGGGGGAGCAGCAGGUGGCUACACAGUUGGUCCCAAGCCUCUCAUUGACCUACUCAGACAACGCUCGCGGCCCUAUCUGUUCUCCAACGCCCUCCCUCCUCCCGUGGUGGGCUGUGCCAUCCGGGCUGUGCAGCUCCUGCUCGAAUCCAGUGAGAUCGCACAGAGCAUGACGUCCAAAACCAUGAGAUUCCGAAACAAGAUGAACCAGGCCGGCUUCACCAUCGCAGGCACAUCUCACCCCAUCUGUCCUGUGAUGCUCGGCGAUGCACGGUUGGCCUCUAUGAUGGCUGAUGACAUGCUGAAACUGGGAAUCUAUGUGAUUGGAUUCUCCUACCCGGUUGUACCAAAGGGCAAAGCCAGAAUCCGCGUUCAGAUUUCGGCUGCGCACACAGACGAAGACAUCGACCGCUGUGUGGAUGCUUUCAUUCAGACAGGCAGAAAGCAUGGAGUCAUUUCCUGAAAGGGUCAGAGGAGCAGGAAUAGGAAAGAUUCAGCAAACCGCUCGCCCUUACAGAUCAUGCUGCCUGUUACUGAAGACAUAUGAAUGAUGCCAACAGAAACUUUAGUUACAUUUGUUGAUCAGUGGUGCUGAAUGUUAAUUUGUGUUUACUUAGCAGAGUUAAAUGCUUUUGCUGAAGUUUAGAUGUUUGUGUUUGAAGAAAAAGGAGCUAACAAUUCUUCAUCUCCUGCACUUUCUAUCACGGGGAGAAAAUGUUUCUAUUCAAUCCAGAAAUGUGAUUUUGAAGAUUGUGCUCACCACGUCGGUGAGUUUAGUGUGGCUUCAAGUGAUUAAUGGUUGGAUUAUCAGCAUUUAUUAAGGCAAACAUUAAACUUUCAAAUCAAGAUCAGACAAGAUCAAAAGCUGUUUUUCUUUCAAAUGAGAUUUUUAAAAGGUGAAUAAAAGUGUUUUUUUCUC